UUCCCAGUAGCAUCUCACCGAGAGGGCAAAGAGAUAGAUAGACACAAGGAGAGAGAGAGAGAGAAUGAGUUCCGUUCAUACGUUAGAGAGGCCUCAUGCAGUUUGUGUACCAUGUCCAGCUCAAGGCCACAUAACUCCCAUGCUAAAAUUAGCUAAACUCCUCCAUUUGAAAGGCUUCCACAUCACCUUUGUCAACACAGAGUUCAACCAUCGACGGCUUCUAAAAUCCCGAGGCCCCGACUCCCUAAACGGCCUUUCCUCGUUCAGAUUCGAAACCAUUCCCGACGGCCUUCCUCCAUCCGAUGCCGAUGUCACCCAAGACACGCCCUCCCUAUGUGCCUCCGUCGAUAAAAACUGUUUAGUUCCAUUUAGAGACCUCCUCUCAAAACUCAGUAACAUCUCUUCCUCAAAUGUACCUCCAGUCACUUGCAUAGUUGCGGACUCAGUUAUGAUCUUCACUCUCGCGGCUGCUGCUGAACUGGGCAUUCCAGGAGUUCUCCUCUGGACUGCCAGCGCCUGUAGCUUCAUGUGUUAUGUGCAGUACAGCAAUCUCAUCGAGAAGGGUAUUACACCACUCAGAGGGGUGAGUUUGGAGACAGUUAUAGAUUGGAUACCAGGUAUGGAAGGCAUACGUUUGAAAGAUAUGCCAUCUUUUAUUAGAAGCACGGACCCCGAUGAAUUUAUGGUGAAAUUUGCCAUAGAUGCUACUGAUAGAUCUCAGAAAGCUUCUGCGAUCAUCUUCAAUACCUUCGAGGAUUUGGAGCAUGAUGUGGUGGAAGCACUUUCGUCCAUGUUUCCUCCAAUUUACACCAUUGGCCCUUUACAUUUACUUCUCAAGCAGAUUGGUGACAGUAGUUUAAAGUUCAUAGAAUCAAAUUUAUGGAAAGAAGAUACACAGUGUCUCGAAUGGCUCGACUCGAAAGAGCCUAACUCUGUUGUUUACGUGAAUUUUGGAAGCAUCACUGUCAUGACACCCAACCAACUGGUUGAGUUUGCUUGGGGACUUGCUAAUAGCAACCAAACCUUUUUGUGGGUAAUAAGGCCUGACCUUGUUGCCGGUGAUUCCGCUAUUCUUCCACCUGAGUUUUUGUCUGAGACCAGAGAUAGGGGGUUGUUGGCAAGUUGGUGCCCACAAGAACAAGUUCUUGGCCACCGCUCUAUUGGAGGGUUCUUAACUCACAAUGGGUGGAAUUCAACUCUCGAAAGCAUCAGUUUUGGAGUGCCAAUGCUCUGUUGGCCAUUUUUCGCCGACCAACAGACCAACUGUUGGUUUUGUUGCAGUAAAUGGGGGAUAGGCAUGGAGAUAGAUAGUGAUGUCAAGAGAGAUGAAGUUGAGUUUCUUGUCAAAGAGUUGAUGUUUGGAGAUAAGGGUAAAGAGAUGAAGGUAAAGGCCAUGGAGUGGAAGAAACUGGCUGACAAGGCAAGUACUAGUUCGGUUGGGUCAUCUUACAUGAAUCUAGAGGAAAUGAUCAACCAAGUGCUUCUCUCCAAAAUAUUGAACUAGUUUGAUAGUUUGUAACAUUUAUUUCUUUUAUUUUAUUGUUUUAUUUUUGGAGUUAUGUUCUUUUUAAGAUUAUAUUGCUUAAGAAAGGGGUAGAAAAAGUUUUGUCAUUGCUUGUUAAUUUAGAGUUCAUGUAAUAA